GCAUUAUAAAAGAAUCUUCUAUAACUUAAAUAUACUCUAUAGACUUAAAAAGAAGAUCAAAUGAAACCAUGUUUUAAACGCUCCAAACCUAUAUGAUGAAUUCAUAUUUAAAAAUGUUCCAUAUUUAUUCAGUUUUUAACUUACUCGUUUUUGCUCCAAUUUUUGUCAGUUGUGAUGAUACAGCUGAAGAAUCCUUAAAUUUUCAAGAAUUGGACAAGUGCUUCAGAACAGUCACUUGCAACUUAGGGAGUGAGGCCUUUGAAACAACAAGACAAUGUUACGAUUUACUUGAACCAGAGAAUUUCAAUUUUCUGGUAAACAUGGUUAAACAAUCAGCAAUAAAAGCAGGUAUGCAGCUUAUAGCUGAUGAUCUAGAUGGACUACAUAGAGAAUAUUGUGCAUUUACAGACGAACAAAAGAAAUAUGCUUGUACUUCAUAA